AUGCCGGGCGCUUCGGAGAGAACGCCUCUGCGGUCCUCGCCGCCACGCAAUGGCAACGCCAAGAACGGACAGUAUGGCGCUGUGCCUGACCAAGAUGGUGCCGGCGCCGGCGCCGGCGCCGGCGCUGCAGACGCUCCGGAACCGGAACACCCUCAAGGCUUCAAGUUCGCGGUCAUCAUCGCGAGCCUGUGGGUGGUGCUGUUCAUGGCAGCGUUAGACGGCACCAUCGUGGUCACGCUGAUCUCGUCCAUCUCGUCGUCGUUCAAGGCGUCGGAAAAAUCGGGCUGGCUCAGCGCAUCCUAUCUGCUGUCGGUGUGCGCCUUUUCGUCGAUCUACGGCCGCAUGUCGGACAUCAUCGGACGCAAGGGUGCUCUGCUCGUGGCGCUCGCCUUUUUCACCUCGGGCACGUGCCUGUGUGCGGUGGCGACCAGCAUGGACGCGCUGCUGGUGGCACGCUUUAUCGCCGGUAUCGGAGGCGGCGGCCUGCUCACCACCUCGUCCAUCUGCAUGACCGAUCUCGUUCCGCUGCGCAAGCGCGGUGUCUGGCAAGGAGUGACCAACGUGCUGUUCGGGUCGGCGUCCGCUCUGGGCGGACCCCUCGGAGGAUUCAUCAACGAUGCAUUCGGAUGGCGUACCGCCUUCGGAUUCCAGGUGCCGUUCCUGCUGGCGGGCGGCGUGUGCAUCGCGACGUUUGUCAACAUCCCGCUGCCUUCUUCCGGACAGAAUUGGAAGCAGAAGGUUGGUCGAAUCGACUACCUGGGCUCGCUCGGAUUGAUCUCGAGCUCGACAUGCCUGCUUCUGGCUAUGAGCUUCCUGUCGGGCUCGCUGCUGCCGUUCUCGAAUCCGCUCGUGUGGGGAUUCCUGCUGGCGUCGUUCGUGACUGCGGUGCUGUUCGUGCUGGUGGAAGGAUGGGUGGUGCGCGAGCCAGUGAUGCCGUUGUCGCUACUGACGCGCCGCUCGCCCGCGCUGAUCGGCGCCUCGUACUUUAUCGGCAGCUUUGCGCACUUUGGCACCAUCUUCCACUUCCCGCUCUGGUUCCAGUCGGUGAGGCUCCAGAGCGCCUCGCAGGCAGGGAUGCACCUCAUUCCCAUCUCGUUUGCCGCAGCCGCCGGAAGCUUGUGGGCCGGGCUGUACAUGAAGCGCACCGGACGCUACUGGCACGCCAACAUCGCUUGCUGCGUGCUCAACAUUGUCUCGACCGCAUACGGUGCUUCGUGGAACAAGGGCACAUCGGCGUGGGAGGAGUACCUGACGUUUGUGCCGCAGGCGUUUGGCACCAGCGCGAUCUUUACGUUUAUGCUCAUUGCGCUGAUUGCGUCCGUGUCCAAGGACAAGGCUGCGGUUGCUACGGGGACAGUGUACCUCUUCCGCAGCCUGGGCCAGGUGAUGGGCGUUUCGCUGUCGACGGCCAUGUUUCAGAUGCUGCUCCAGUCGCAGAUGCAUCUCAACAUCACACCGGAGCUGCUGCCGCAUCCUCAAGAUGGUCAGCGCGGCGUCGAGAAGCUCAUCUCGGCGCUGCGUCACGAUGCCUCGCUCGUCCCCACGCUCCAACCUGCGGGGCUGCGUCACGCCGCACAGCUCUCGUACAUGAAUGCCAUCAAGUGGAUUUUUGUUCUGGUCACGGCGCUCAACGUGCUCUACCUCGCCGUAUGCUCGGGCGUCGAAGAGCAGGCGCUGCCGGACAAGGCACCAAACACCGCAGUCGCCGACGAUACCGACCCUUCCCCACCAGCCGAUCAAAGCGACGCCCCGCGAGCGCGUCAGAACGACUCGCACGCCUAG